AUGGAGCUAAAUAACAUUGUUCUGGCCACCCAAGGUUUCUCGGAUUCAAAUAAAAUAGGUAAAGGUGGUUUUGGAGUUGUUUACAAGGGGAGGUUACUUGGCGGACAAGAAAUCGCCGUGAAAAGGCUGUUGAAGAUUACAACUCAAGGUAUCGAGGGAUUUAAAACUGAGUUAAAUCUGAUUGCAAGUGUUCAGCAUGUAAACCUCGUCCAACUCCUUGGCUACUGCUUUGAGGGGGGUGAGAUGAUUCUAAUUUAUGAAUACCUGGAAAAUUCAAGUCUCGACACUUUCAUAUUUGACGAAAGCAAAAGCUCUAAGCUAAACUUGGAGAAGAGGUUCCAAAUUAUUAACGGAAUCACUCGGGGGCUUCUGUAUCUCCACCAUGAUUCGCGGUCUCCGAUUGUCCAUAGGGACUUAAAACCAAGCAAUGUGCUACUUGACAAAGACAUGGUUCCAAAGAUAUCGGAUUUUGGGAUGGGGAAAGUAUUUGACAAGAACAAGGGAGCAACUAACACAAGAAAGAUAGUCGGGACUUACGGUUACAUGGCUCCCGAAUACGCGGAAGACGGAACUUAUUCAGCAAAGUCAGAUGUCUUCAGCUUUGGAAUCAUGGUUCUUGAGAUUCUCUGUGGAAAGAAGAACAGAGACUUUUAUAGAUACUCGGAUAACGAAGAGAGUCUCGUUAACUAUAUAUGGAGGAAGUGGGAGGAAGGAAAAGGGCUCGACAUCAUUGAUCCGGUACUUGUCCUUGACCUCGAGUCAUCCGUAUUUCAACCACGCCAAGUCAAAAGAUGCAUACAGAUUGGUCUCUUGUGUGUUCAAGAACAUCCAAAUGACAGACCAACAAUGCUAUCAGUGUCUGUGAUGCUCACAAGCGACACCGUAGAGAUCCCUCUGCCUAAACCGCCUAGUUCUUUACUCCGUACAAGUCCUCUUCACACUACUACUGCUUCCUCUUCAAGAAAAAAGCAUAAGGAAGAAUCUUGGACUGUCGCCCAAGUAACUUUCUCCGGCAUUAAACCUCGUUAA